AUGGACGAUCUCUACGACGAGUUUGGAAACUUCAUUGGCGAGCCGGAGGAGGAUAGUCAAGAGGAAGAGGCGGGCGCAUACGAUGGCGCGCAAUACUUGGACGAUGAUGAAGAAGAAGCAGACGCAGGUGCGCCUACAGGGCAUGAUGUGAUGGACAUCGACGAUGAAGGGCCUUCGAAUGCUGUGGUGCUUCACGAGGACAAACAGUACUAUCCUUCGGCGUCGCAAAUCUAUGGCCCAGAUGUGGAAACGUUAGUUCAGGAAGAAGACACACAGACGCUGCAACAACCAAUCGUGGCACCGGUGGAGCACAAGAAGUUCACAGUCGAGGAGGAAAACCUUCCAGAGGUCUAUUUCGACAGAGAAUUCCUGACAGACUUGAUGAGCUUUCCUGGGCAAAUACGAAACAUUGCGCUUUGCGGACACCUGCAUCAUGGCAAGACGAGUUUCAUGGACACACUGGUCAGGCAGACACACGACGUCUCAUCUUAUGCGGAGGGCAAGACUGGGAAAGCGCGUGACGACCUAUUACGAUAUACGGAUACCCACUUGCUGGAGCGUGAGCAGAAGUUAUCGAUCAAAGCGAGCCCCAUGAGCCUGUUGUUGGAAGGCACCAGAGGCAAGAGCCAUCUUCUGAACAUCAUCGACACCCCAGGGCACGUCAAUUUCGCAGACGAAAUCGCUUCAUCUUUGCGAGCAGCGGACGGUGUAGUCCUGGUCGUGGACGUCGUGGAAGGUGUUCAGGCGUCUACGGAGCUGGCGAUCAAGCACGCCGUUCUUGCUGGCCUUCCGCUAGUACUCCUCGUCAACAAGAUGGACCGCUUAGUGAACGAGCUUCGAUUGCCCCCAGCCGAUGCUUACUUCAAGCUCAAGCACGUUGUAGAGGAAGUCAAUACCCACAUUGAGAAUACGAUCCCUGGUCGGGGUGAGAAGUUCCGUGUCAGUCCCGAGAGGGGGAACGUCGCUUUCGCUUGCAGCAGUAUGGACUGGUCUUUCACAUUACCCAGCUUUGCCAAAAUGUACGCAGAGACCUACCACAGUGCCGAAUUCGAUGUCACAGAAUUCAGCCGAAGGUUGUGGGGAGACAUCUACUUCAACCCAAAGAAGCGAUCAUUCACCCGGAAACCCGUGGAAGAGCGAGCGAGACGAAGCUUCGUCCACUUCGUAAUGGAGCCCAUCUACAAGCUUUACUCUACUAUCAUGUCUGAGUCCACGAGCGAUUUGAAAAGGACGCUGGCCAGUCUCUUCAUCCCAUUCAAGCCAAGAGAAUUGAGAGCUAAUGCCAAGGAUAUGUUGAAGACCUUUCUGCCACGUUUCUUUGGCCCGGCAGCCGGCUUCGUGGACAUGAUUGUUGAGCAUAUUCCGUCUCCUGUUGAAGGCGCCAAGCAGAAACUGGAGAAGUACUAUACUGGACCACUCGACUCCAAGACAGCCGCUUCCAUGAUGGAGUGCGACGCUGACGGGCCUCUUGUGGUUCAAAUCUGCAAGCUCUUUAACACACCAGAUGCUCAGGGUUUCAACAGCUUCGGUCGUGUUCUGAGCGGAACCGCCAGACCAGGACAGCAGGUCAGAGUACUGGGCGAGAAUUACAGCAUCGACGACGAAGAGGAUAUGGUGAAUGCAACUAUCGAGAAUGUAUGGAUCGCUGAGAGCAGGUACAACGUGCCAGUAUCCGGUGUACCCGCUGGAAAUUUCGUGCUCUUGGGUGGCGUCGACAAUUCGAUCAUGAAGACGGCCACGAUCGUCGCGCCUAAACUCCCCGAUGACGAAGAUGCGUAUGUCUUUAAGCCAGUGGUACAUUUCUUCGAGAGCGUUUUCAAGGUUGCGGUCGAACCUAUCAACCCCUCGGAACUACCGAAAAUGCUGGAUGGCCUGCGAAAGAUCAACAAGUCGUAUCCGCUCAUCACAACAAAGGUCGAAGAGAGCGGUGAACACGUAGUGCUUGGGACAGGGGAGCUGUACAUGAACUGUGUCCUGCACGACCUCCGGCGGAUGUAUGCACAAAUGGAAAUCAAGGUGUCGGAUCCUGUCACAAGAUUCUGCGAAACUUGUGUAGAUCAAAGCGCUAUGAAGUGUUACGCCCUAACACCCAACAAGAAGAACAAGCUCACCUUCAUUGCCGAGCCUUUAGAUGACGGCAUUGCAGAGGACAUCGAGUCUGGCAAGGUGAGCAUCAAGGACCCCGUUCGGAAAGUAGGCAAGUUCUUCGAGGAGAGAUAUGGCUAUGAUAUACUCGCAAGUCGCAACAUAUGGGCGUUUGGGCCAGAUGAAAUAGGCCCUAACAUCCUGCAAAACGACACUCUGCCUUCAACGGUGGACCAGAAGCUCCUUCGCAGCGUCAAAGACACCAUUCGACAAGGCUUCGCUUGGGGAACACGAGAAGGACCGCUUUGCGAAGAACCCAUUCGCAAUGUCAAGUUCAAGAUUACAGAUGUUGAGCUUGCACAGGAGGCCAUCUUCCGUGGAGGUGGUCAAAUCAUUCCAACUGCACGACGCGCCUGCUAUUCGUCCUUCUUGAUGGCUGGGCCGCGACUAAUGGAACCCAUGUACGCAUGCACCAUGCUUGGUCAAGCGAAUUCCGUCUCGGCCCUUUACACAGUGCUGGCGCGAAGACGAGGACACGUACUGAGCGACGCGCCUGUUCCAGGAACGCCACUGUACUCUGUGAAGGGACUGAUUCCAGUCAUUGACUCGUUCGGUUUCGAGACGGAUCUACGUAUUCACACUCAAGGUGCAGCGACGCUCUCUUUGGUCUUUGACAGAUGGAGCAUUGUACCUGGCGAUCCUCUCGAUAAGAGUAUCAAGCUGCGGCCAUUGGAACCGGCUUCAGCGCAAGCCACCGCGAGAGACUUCGUGCUGAAGACCAGGAGGAGAAAGGGGCUUGCUGAGGACGUGACUGUCAGCAAGUACGUCGAGCCGGAGAUCAUGAAAGAGCUGAGGGAGACUGGAAUUUUAGAUGGAGCUUGA